CACAUAUAAAGGUACUGAAUUCGUUAGAAGAAUUGGAGAAUUAAUUGUCUUGCGGUAUUUUAUCAGAGCUGACACAUAAAACUUCUUACCAAGAAAAUUAUAUCUAACUCAUAGUCAAUGUCUAAUUAGUAGAUUAGAGUGACGCAUAAGAAGAUUAUUAGUCGAUUUUCUGCAUGAAGUUUCAGAAUACGCCUUGAAUAAAAUAAAGCCAGUUCUGAUAGCUCAUAUAACCAUUACCAAGGUAGUUUUGAGCUCGCUCGUUUUUGCCCGAAUAAAAUUAUCUGUUUUCUUUUUUGUUUCGGAUAUACUGAAAUGAGUGGAAAUUCUAGCUCUAGCGAUACAAGAAGGGUUCUCAUUCCAAUUGACAGGUCGGCGAAUUCAGAACGAGCUCUCAAGUGGUACUUCAACAACGUGAAAAAACCAAAUGAUCACGUGAUCCUUUUUCACUCAGUUGAAAUGCCAACGAUGCCUCAAGAAUUUCGGGACUUUCAGGUGAUGGCGAUGGGUGCUCCAGGGGCAUUCAAGGUCGACGAGUGGAAGGCCAUGAUCAAGGACGAGAUCAAAAUCGUGGAGAGUCUCAAGUCCAAGUACGAGAGACUAGUUCAAAAUCAACAGGUAACUGUGGAGUUCCAUGCAUCAGACCAGACCAGUGGGAUAGGAGAGAACGCUUGCAAGGCAGCCAAGGAUAAGAACGCAGACUUGAUUGUGAUCGGCUCACGAGGCAUGGGCAAAGUGAGACGAACGAUCCUCGGCUCAGUGUCCGACUACAUCCUGCACCACGCUCACUUGCCAGUGCUAGUCGUGCCUCCCGAACAACACUUGUCUAGGACCUCGAUUUCGGAAUAAAAAAUAUUCCUUAAAAAGGAGUUGACUUAACAGCAGGAGCUCUUGUAUAUGUAUUUGUCAAUGAUUAAUAAUUUAAAAAGAAGAACAGUUAUCAUUAAA